GGAACAAGCUGUAGCUUUCACGUGAACGCUAUCUAAUUGUUUUUGUUUUGCUAUUAUGCUUAUAAAGCUUCCUUUUACUUAAGGAAAAGAGGUUGGCUUCCUGCCCCGUCAACGAAAUGGUUCAACUCUGGCUGCACUGAUCCAGCACAAUGAUCUGGAUACUUCAGGUCUUGUUUUCACCGCUCCCAACACCAGCACUGUUUACUCUUAUUGCAUUUGGAGCUCUCAUCUUCCUCUGGGUGGUAAGCAGGCCAAAGCCUGUUUUACCUCCUGUUGACUUGAACAAGCAGUCAGUGGGAAUUGAGGGAGGAGCGAGAAGAGCUGCACUCUUGACAGAUAAUAACCUGCUUUCUUAUUACUUUGAAGAUACUAAAACCUUGUAUGAAGCUUUCCAGAGAGGACUGCAUGCUUCUGGAAAUGGCAACUGUUUAGGAUACAGAAAACCCAACCAACCUUAUCAGUGGCUGACAUACAAACAGGUUUUGGAUAGAGCUCAACAUCUGGGAUCAGGGCUUCUGCAGAAAGGAUGUAAACCAUCACCAGAUCAGUUUAUUGGCAUUUUUGCUCAGAAUAGGCCAGAGUGGAUCAUUUCUGAGUAUGCCUGCUACACUUACUCAAUGGUUGCUGUUCCACUCUAUGACACCCUGGGGCCAGAUGCCAUUCUAUAUAUUGUUAACAAAGCUUACAUAGGCAUAGUGAUUUGCGACACGCCAGACAAGGCACAGAUCUUGCUUGGGAACUGUGAGCAAGGAAAGACCCCAUGCCUGAAGACUAUAAUUCUUAUGGAUCUCUUUGAUAAAGAGCUGAAGGAGAGAGGAGCUAAAGUGGGAGUUGAAAUUCUAGCACUACAGGAGGCUGAGGAGCUGGGAAGAAACAACAUCAGAAAACCAGUUCCUCCUAGUCCUGAAGAUCUUUGCCUUGUGUGUUUUACCAGUGGAACAACAGGUAACCCUAAAGGUGCCAUGCUGACACAUGAAAAUGUUGUUGCAAAUGCUGCUGGCUUCCUUAGAACCAUAGAGGACACGGUUGAGUGUACAAGUUCAGAUGUCAGCAUAUCUUAUCUUCCGUUGGCUCACAUGUUUGAGAGAGUUGUACAGACUGUGAUAUACAGCUGUGGAGGAAAAGUGGGCUUCUUCCAAGGAGACAUCAAAUUACUAACGGAUGACAUGAAAACCUUGAAGCCAACAGUAUUUCCGGUUGUACCAAGACUCCUCAAUAGAAUAUAUGACAAGAUACAAAGUGGUGCAAACACAACAGUGAAAAAAUUCCUGUUAAAUUUUGCUGCAACUAUGAAGAUGAUUGAAGUGAAACAGGGCAUAAUUCGAAAUGACAGCCUUUUGGAUAAGCUAGUCUUCAAAAAAGUUCAGGAAACUAUGGGUGGAAGAGUGCGUAUAAUGGUAACAGGUGCAGCCCCUAUAUCUCCCUCUGUCCUGAAAUUUCUCAGAUCAGCAUUGGGCUGUCAGGUCUUUGAAGCUUAUGGCCAGACUGAAUGUUCAGCUGGAUGUACUUUCUCAAUGCCUGGAGACUGGACUACAGGCCAUGUUGGACCCCCACUGGCUUGUAAUAUCAUAAAACUAGAUGACGUGGAAGAAAUGAACUACUUCUCUUCAAACAAUGAAGGCGAGGUCUGCAUAAAAGGACCAAAUGUGUUCAAGGGUUAUCUGAAAGACCCCGAGAAGACAGCAGAAGCAAUUGACAAAGAUGGGUGGCUUCACACAGGAGAUGUAGGGAAAUGGAUGCCAAAUGGAACGUUGAAGAUCAUUGAUAGGAAGAAAAAUAUAUUUAAACUUGCACAAGGAGAAUACAUUGCUCCAGAGAAGAUAGAAAAUGUCUAUAUCAGAAGUGUUGCUGUAGCCCAAGUCUUCGUACAUGGGGAAAGCCUGAGGUCUUGUCUAAUAGGUAUAGUGGUUCCUGAUGCUGAGACACUUCCAGAAUUUGCAGCAAAACUGGGUGUAAAGGGUUCCUAUGAAGAUACCUGCAAAAAUCCAGCAGUGAAGAAAGCUAUUUUAGAAGAUCUGGUUAGACUGGGGAAAGCAGCUGGCCUUAAGUCCUUUGAACAAGUUAAAGACCUGUACAUACACACAGAGCUGUUCUCUGUAGAAAAUGGACUCUUGACACCAACACUGAAGGCAAAGAGAGCAGAGCUUGUUAAAGUCUUCCAGAAGCAGAUUGAAGCUCUAUUCAAGUAUGCAGGAAUAAGUGACUCAUUUAAAUUAUACUUCAUGGAGUAUCUAAACAAAUCUGUAACACUAUGUGACCUCUGGAGAACACAAGCUUGUGUGGAAGGGAGCAAGGAGAACUUUCUGGCAUCCUAUGAAAAAUGACUUUCAGAUGAAGACGGCUACAUCUGACUGGCAAUGCCCAGUCUUGCAGGGCUGAGCACAGAAUCUCCAGGCUGAGCUAGAACUUCCAUUUCCUUGGGCUGUGAAUGAAGCACACACACUCACACUGAAGAGCCUCAGCCUUUACAAGGCAGCUGUUUCCUUGCUCCAACUAUAACCUCCAUUCUGAACUUCUGUGGCUUAAUCUGCAAUCAGACUAAACUCUUUCAUGCAGUUGUGUUGUGGGUGGGGGGAGGAGCAAAGUGGUUCACAAAGAAAGUGCAGGAAGAAAACACUUCAGUUUUCCCUCAGGAUGGUAAAACUUCUUCAGUGCACCGGUCUCAACUUGAGCUGUGACAAUAUGAAUAGGAGCUUAACAUCUGCUCAGCAAUAAUAAAGUGAAUUUCCCUGCUCCUAGCCUUGGACUGCACCACUGUAGGUUGUUUUUAAUGAAAGUAUGAUUAGUCUGAUAUAAAAUGGUUAAUGAAAUACGUGUCUAAACCAAACAUGAUUCAUGCUUUAGAAGGCACUGGUUCAGAUUUUUGGUUUUUUUAGUACAUGUUCUCAAAUGCAACGGCUGUUAUAAAGCCAGUACAGUUACAAACUUACGAGCCUAGUAACUCAAACUCUUCAACUUCUCAAGGUUAUAAAAUGCGAUAAAUUGCAACUGUAAACUCAAA